AGUCCUAUCUUAUCUGUCUUGUGAUUACAACAUAUUCCAGUGAACGAAUGCUAUACUGAGCGUCACACAGGACGAACAAUGUAUAGACAAUUGCUGCUGAUAUGUGGGAUUAUUACCUAUUCUGAGGGUGUGGACCUGGCCUCACCUGAGGUGUUUGAUGCUCAGUUCUAUCUGAACAACUACCGCGAUCUUCAUGCUGCCCACAUCAACACGCCGGAGGCGGCUAAAGCUCACUGGCUGUCUGAUGGUAUAACCCAGGGGCGGCAGGGUUGUGGUAGCUUUCACUCAAAGCAGUAUGUCACAAGAUACCCUGAUUUGACCAAAGCUUUCCACACAGACUACACUGCUGUUGUUCAGCAUUACCUCACAAACGGAAUCCACGAGCAUCGGCUGGGGUACAUAGACGGAGGGUACGACGGUAGAUGGACAAUCUCAAACGGCAGGGACUUGUUCGUUAGCGCGUCCAAACGCAUGGGAGGAGCUAUAGACAGCCUCGUCUGGAACAACAAACAGAUGAUCAAUAUGUAUGACCACGGACGGGAGUUACAAAUGGCUUGCAAUUCCGACACAUACACGGAAUGUUAUAACCCUACGGAAGCUGGAGGGAGGGACGAUUCUAAUCUCGACACGACUCACACACAUAUUCAGUGGGUUAAAGCGCAUAGUGACACAUUAGAAUCACAGGUACAUCCUGCUUUUUGGUUGCGACCAGGUACCCAUGAGAAAAGGGUAUCGCGUUCAAGUUGCAACAGAGGCAGCCCAUCACUGACCCACCAAUCCACAUACGCCUAUCCGUUCUCGAAGCAUGUACAAAUUGGUGUCCAUGGAAUGUCUAACGCUUUGGAGUUCAUCUCCAACUUCACUCUCGCCGGAGACUGGCCUAACGACUUGAGAUAUAUUCAGAUGGAGGCACCAACUGGCUACAUGCCCGGAGAGUUCACGAGUUCUUAUCGAUUUAACCCAGAAACCUUAUCUUUAGAAAACCAUGGAUCGAACCUGAAACCCCCGGUACUUUCCACAGACGACGGGCAGUACGCUAUGGGAGUAUACUCACCUCCUGGUCAAGACAGUGACACGUUCAUGUAUUAUGGCGUCUCUCUGCGACUUGGCGGUACAUCAUUUACAGGAAGUACCAACAAGUGGAACGUUGUGUACCGGAAAAGUCGUUUCACUUCCGGUGUUCAUCAUCAGGUGUAUAAAACCUACAUUUGUGUAGGAACGCUGAACAUGGUGACAAGCUGCCUUCAUACGCUGAUCCAAGCAAUCCCGCAUGUUUAAUUGUAAUGACCUCAAUACGAUGCAGCUAAUAAAGCAUGUAUUCUAAAACA